AUGCUAGUGACAGUGGCCGGCCUGCUGGCUGCAACUAUUCUUUUCCAGAAAUUUCGGAGAUGGCUGAAGAUGCCACCUGGACUCAAUGCCCCACAGAAGGUGUGGCAUGACAACCGCUCUUUCCUUGUUAAGAGCCUGAAAUAUUUCGGUGUUGGAAGGUCCAGCAUGGAAUCCGUAGUUGCUCACGAAGUUCUGUCACUUCUCGAAUCAUACCGAGAGAAAAAUCUCGGGAAACCAAUGGAAAUUGACGGGAGAUUAGACGUCGCGGUCAUGAAUGUCGUUUGGAAAAUCUCCACCAAUAGGCAAACAAGCCUUGAUGAUGAAAAGGCGCAAAAGAUGAUUGACUUGCUGCGGAAAUUUGGGGAUUACGUCAACCAACUCGGUCCAGCUCAGUUUUUCCCAAUCCUUUUUAAGCUCGUGCCAAAAUACCGUCGAAUAAUGGACCAAGUUCGAGCUGAAGCUCCGGAAGUAUCUCGAGAAUUUCAGAGAGAAGUUGAGGAACAUAAAAGAUUAUUCAAGGAGGCCGCAUCUGAGGUACCACAGGAUCUAGUUGAUGACUACCUAAACGAGCGAAAAAAGCGAGAAAACGUGAACCCUGAAAACGCUGAAUCUUUCGCAGACGAGCAUCUCAUCGCAGUAAUCACUGCACUCUUUGCUGCCGGAACAGACACGACAGCAACUACCUUGCGAUACGCAUUCAUAUACUUGGCCAAGCACCAAGAUGUGCAGAAAAAGUGCCAAGAACAACUCGAUUCCGUGGGAGCAUGGAUCGUCUCGAAUAUCAAUGCUUGCCAUCGAGACCCAAAAUAUUGGCCGAACCCUGAGAAAUUUGACCCAACUCGAUUCUUGGAUGAAAGUGGCGAAAGUUUGAAGAAGCACAUCCCGAGUUUCUUGCCUUUUGGGGCCGGAAAACGCCGAUGUCUGGGAGAACAUUUGGCUUACAUGGAAUUAUUCUUACAUAUUGCGUACCUGCUGUCCAUGUUCAAUGUCAACUUCCCCGAUGGGUUCGAACCGGACAUCAAAAUAAACCAUGGUGACCCGAUUACCCGACGACCUGCCCCGUUUCGUGGAGCAUGGAUCGUCUCAAAUAUUAAUGCUUGCCAUAGAGACCCGAAAUAUUGGCCGAACCCUGAGAAAUUUGACCCAACUCGAUUCUUGGAUGAAAGUGGCGAAAGUUUGAAGAAGCACAUCCCGAGUUUCUUGCCUUUUGGGGCCGAUCGCAUUGAAGCAAGAAUGGCCCUAACCGGUUUACUAUUAGCAAGUGUUCUUGUGCUUUUUCUUACCUUUUCCCUUCGAUUGCUGUGGCGAUGGCAGAGAAUGCCACCCGGACCCUGGGGAGUUCCUCUGAUUGGUUACAUUCCCUGGGUGAACCCGAUUUUCCCUUGGGAAACUUACACAACUUUGAGUCGUAAAUAUGGUCCAGUAAUGUCCGUGAACUUCUGUGGGACGCCGCAAAUAAUUCUCAGCGACUGCGAAGCUGUGUCUGAAGCAUUAUCAAUGAUGGCAUUUAUCGACCGACCUCAUUUUCUACUAUUUGAAGUGCUUUCGGUUACGGGAAAAGGGUUUGUUGGAAACAGCAAGAUUUGGCACGAGAAUCGGACCUUCGUGUUGAAAAGCUUGAAAUCCUUUGGUGUUGGGCGAGUGAGUCUGGAAACAUUGGUUGCCAACGAGGUUGUUUCGUUGAUUGAUUCAUACAAAGCCAACAAUCUUGGGAAGCCGAUGGCUAUUGACGGACGAUUAGACGUUGCCGUGCUCAAUAUUGUUUGGAAACUUGCCACAAACAAACAGACAAGUCUGACUGAUGAAAAGGCGAUUCGAAUGAUCCAGAAGCGACGGAAAUUUGGUGAUUACGUCAACCAACUGGGUCCUGCGCAGUUUUUGCCAUCACUAAUAACUUUUGUACCGAAAUUUCGUCACCUGAUGAAAGCUGCAAAGGAUCUUUCACCAGAGCUUACAGAUGAAUUCAAGUUGGCUUUGAAAGAAAAAGAAAGAACUGAAGUUCUUGGUGCAUCAGAUGAACACCUGUCGGCGGUUAUCACUGCACUGUUCGCUGCUGGGACUGAGACGGUUGCUACAACACUGCGUUACUCGUUUAUUUUGCUGGCCCAAUAUCGUGAUGUGCAAAAUAAAUGCCAAGAGCAAUUGGAUGAAGUUGUCGGGAGAGAUCGACUACCGUCCUGGGAACACGAUAAACCGAGGCUACCAUAUUUGGAAGCAACUGUGAGGGAAAUUCAGAGAUUUGCCGACAUUGUUCCCCUGGGAGUUCCUCAUUUAGCCUCAGCAGACACAGAAUUCCGGGGAUACUUGAUACCAAAGGGAUCUUGGAUUGUUCCAAAUCUGAAUGCUGUUCACCGUGACCCAAAACAGUGGACGAAUCCCGAGGCAUUUGAACCUAAGCGAUUUUUGGAUUCGGGUGUAUUAAUCAAGAAACCGAACCCAAGUUUCCUGCCAUUUGGAACAGGGAAGCGACGAUGUGUUGGAGAACAACUGGCAUACAUGGAGUUAUUCAUCUUCAUCUCGUAUUUGUUAGCGAAUUUCAACAUUGAAUUUCCCGAAGGUUUCGUCCCAAGUAUGAAGGCAGAUCAUGGCGAUCCGAUUGCCCGUAGACCUGGUCCUUUUGAAAUCAUUCUCACUGAGCGCUGA